AUGCAUUUGAGCAUUUCAACUCUAAUCAUCAUCGCUUGCGCGCCCCAAGUGGCACCGGCCCCGUCGUCCACGGACACAAUAAAGGAGAGACGACAGAAAAAGUCCCCAAAUUAUCCGUUCCCUAGCUACCACCAAAUUUUGGUGCCGCUCCACGUUAUACCGAUACACGGAAGUCCUUGGCACGAGCAUCACAACGUCACCCGACACGCGCAAAUCUUGGUCCCAGUUCACAAUCUGGUGCCGAUUCACGAACUCGUGCCUGUCGACCGGUUAUCUGUCCUACCGGUCCAGCGAGUCGAGGACGCCGCGAUGCACCAAUACAGGAACGACGACAGGUUCAGAAACCCCAUAGGGGGGUACGGGGUCGGCUGGAGAUUCGGCGGACAUGGCGCUGGUCAUGGAUUUCAUUAUAGUUUUGGAUAG